AUGAGGCGGUUGCCCGUCAAACUGGGCGUCGGUUGGGUGUCGGUUGGGCGUUUUGUGUCCUGCUUGCGAUUUCAAAUUCCAGCCGUCUGUCAGUUGCAAAGGUCUUCAAAUGCAGCACCAGCGGAGGCACCGGUCCAGCGGCUGCCCGCGGCAGCUGGGGGCGCCGGUCGCCUCGCCUCCAGCAUCGACGGCCAGGCAGGUGCCGGGCAUCAGCACGACACCAGCAGCCUAUUACGACAGGCAGUUGCUGUCGCAUUAGUCGCUGCGAAACGCCGCAGGCAGCAGCAGGCGCAGAGCGUCGCUGCCGCCGACGACAGCGGCGACGGCGGCGGCCGCUUAGACUCAAGGGAAGCCAUCCGCUUGCGAGAAGAGGUCGCCGAGUGGCGGGAGCGGGCUCGAGAGCUCCAGGGGGAGGUGCAGCGGAUGCGGACCGCUGCCGCGACCCUGCACGCCGCCGUCGGCCUCCCAGCCCCUCCCAUUACCACCGCGCCCGAACCCGCUACCUUACGACAACCGUGCGAUGCUUCCGCGUUGUACCGCGGCAGCGGUGGCGGCGUCAGCGGCAGCGCUGGAAGGGUACCCGACGGCAGCUGUGACCAGGGACAGAUGGCGCCCGGGGAUACGACUGUACGGGGAGCAGCAUUAGCACACGGUGCCCUGCAAGAGCUGCUGCUGCCGCUGCUAUUGCCGCCCGCGCCGGCAUUGACGCUAGCACCAGUACCAAUUCAAGGGCGGCCCUCAACGGCGCAAUGGAAGCCCUACGACAUUUCAACUGCGGCGGUGGCUGGGGCCAACGGCGGCAGUAGCGGCAGCGGCGGCGGCGGUAUCAUUACUACAGCCGGCGUGGCUGCAUUCGAGCGCGAGCAGGCACUGCUGCGUGGCGUCAACAUGGCCGAUCAUCCUUCCAGCUCUGCCGCCAGCGGCAGCAGCGGCGGCGGCUGCGCCUUUUAUCCGUCAGGUCGCCGCGGAUCCCAACCUAACGGCGCGGCGGCGGCGGCAGUAGUAGCAGCAGCGAUGGCGCCGACGGCGGCGGACACAGCAACAAAGGCAGCUGCGCUGUCGCGAGUCCUUCUUGGGCUACAAUCCUUGGCGGAGCUAAAGGCGGCCUCCGCUGCCGGCUCCGAACCUUCUGGAACAGCCGUGUCUAACCCGGUAGCUCUGCACGCGGCGGCUCUGCGACAUGGCGGCACGCCGCCGCACAUUGCCGUACUCGAUUUCAUAGAGGAGCUGCUGGUAGGCAGCAGAGAAGGUACGACGCCAGCGGUCAUCGCGACCGACGUUCGGCAGGCGCAUCUCCGCCAUGCCGUGAAGCUGCUGGCGGCGUCCGUACACAGCCUGGCGUCGACGGCUGUGGUGUCCGCCGGCGCCGUGGACACGGCAGCUGCAGCAGCACCGGCGGGGCUGGGGACUUCAGCCGAUUCAGACGUAGCAUACCAUCAACCGGAGGGCGGGGCAAGGGUUGGCCUUGCAGCCCCAUCCAUCGCCUCCACCACGGCUGCCAUGGCCGCGAGAGAGCAGCUGCUGACUGUUGUCCUGGAUUUGAGCCGCGCAGUGGACCGACUCCUGACGGCUGCAUGCAGCAGCGGCCGUUCUGGCGCCGAAUCCAUCACCGUCGUCGCCGCAGCACAAGCUCUCGGAGAAUUGCUGGCUGUGCCGUCACUGGGUCAGCAUGUACUAGUCUGCGCUGCGGAGAAGGUUCACGAGCUUGGGCAGACUCUGGCGGCGGCGGUGGCGGCGGCGGCACCAGCAUCAGGGGUAGCGCUGCCAGAAAGACGGUCCAUACUAGUUCGCCUGGCAUCGGCAGCGACAGCCUUGAACCACGCGCGCCCUUUGUUUGACAUCCUGGCUGAUUGCAGCCGCCGGUUACCGAGCUGGUGCGCCAUCGUCACGGCGGUGGCCAAGCCCACUGAUAUAGGACCCGACUAUCUUGCCAGCCAUGUGCAGGCACUACUGGCAGCGGCGGACACCUUGUCCGAUAGCUCCAACCCUAAGCAACAGCAGCAGCGACAACAGCAGCAGCGAGAGAUGCCUUCAAGACAGAUUUUCCCGCUGUACAACAUUGCAGUACGGGAGUGUCUGGCUGGUACGGCUGCGGCACUGAUGACGGUUGCAUCGGGGGGCCCGGAGUUCGCGGGAUGUGGCUUGGUGCCACAUUGCCGCACCCUAUGCGCGCGGAUCAAGCAGGCUGCGCUUUUGCCAGCCUAG